UCAACAUAUAAACAAACAUGGCAGGCGAAAGGCAUGGCAAAACUCUUUUCAUCAGAAAUUUACCAUACUCUACAACAAAUGAAAAGCUUGAAAAAGUAUUUUCUGAAAUUGGGCCUAUCAAGUCGUCAUUUGUCGUUAGCGAUAAAGACUCUGGAAAAUGCAGAGGCUUUGGCUAUGUCAAGUUUACACUUCUUGAAGAUGCAGAAAAGGCUCUGCAGACGAUAAAAAAAGUGGAUGGCAGAAAUGUGCAAAUAAUCUAUGCAAACAAAAAGGAAAAGAAAAAGAAAUUUGGGCGCCCAGUUACAGCAGACAGUGAAAAAGAAACAGAAGCUACACAGGAGCAGACACCAGAGAAACAACCAGCUGUUACAAAAACUAAAAAAGUCAAGAAAACCAAAACAGAAGUUCCUGUCAAAGGUGUUAAGCAAGCUCCAAAUCCAUUGAAUGAAGGCAAAAGGGCCAGACUUAUUGUUAGGAAUUUAUCAUUUAAGUGCACUCCAGAAGAUUUAAAGAGUGCUUUUGAAAAAUGUGGUACUGUAAAUGAUGUUCAUAUCCCAAAGAAAGCUAAUGGUCAGAAGUUGGGUUUUGGUUUUGUCCAGUUUGCUAAUAAAACUCAGGCAGGAAUGGCAGUAAAAGAAUUGAAUGGAAAGGCUAUUUGUGGUCGAGUGGUGGCUAUAGAUUGGACGCUGCCAAAAGACAAGUUUGAAACUCAGAGAGCUAAUACAAAGAAGUCUUCUGAAGCCAAACUUGAUGAUGAUGAAGACAGUGAAGAAGAUGAUGAUAGUGAUGAUGAAGAAGAAGACAUGGAGAUUGAAGUGAAAGAGGAAACUGACAUAAAGAAAGAAAACGAGACUGACAGUAAGAAAAAAGCUGUGAAUUCCAAGGAUAAAAAAAAUAUUGCUGGCAGUACAGUUGAUACUAAAAAAACAGUUGUAGAUUCUAAAAGUAAAAACAUUCAUAAUGAUGGCACUAAAAUCAAUACAAAGAAUACAUCUGUAGAUUCUAAGAAUAAAAAGAUAGUUUCAAGAGAUGAGAGUAGUGAAGAAGAUGAAAGUGAUGAUUCCAGUGGUGAAGAGAAGGCUAGUGACAACAGCGCAGAUGAGGAAAGUGAUGAAGAUUCAGAAGAUGAAGACAGUGGUAUUGAAAAUGAGUCAGACAAAAAAUCAAAGAAAAUAGAUAGGCCGAGUGAUGUUAAUGAGGGUCGAACUGUUUUCAUCAGGAACUUGCCAUUCAGCACAGUGGAUGAAGACUUAGAGGAGUUUUUCUCACAGUUUGGUGUAGUCAAUUAUGGCAGGAUUGUCUUUGACCAUGCUACAGGAAUUUCUAGAGGUUCUGCUUUUGUUCAGUUCCAGUCCAAAGACAGUGCAGAUUCAUGUUUAAAAGCUGCUUCAGAUCAGGAUACUGGUCUAUCACUGGGUGGCAGACAGAUAGUGGUAACGAUGGCAGUUAGUCGCCAACAGGCUGGAGACCUUAUACAAAACAAAGAGAAGGAAAAAGAGAAGAAGGAUUCCAGGAACUUGUACUUGGCUAGAGAAGGAAUGAUCCGUGAAGGUACAGAGGCAGCCAAGGAUGUGCCAGUAGCUGAUCUCAUCAAGAGGGCAAAGAUAAUUGCAGCCAAUAGAACUAAGCUGAAAGAUCAGAAUAUUUUUGUCUCCUCCACCCGUCUGUGUGUACACAACCUACCCUCCACAGUCACAGACCAGGCCCUUAGGAAAGUUGUCUACCAGGCAGCACAAGACAAGGCAGCUAAAAUCACAGAGUGUAGAAUUAUGAGGGACCUGAGCCGUCUGAACAGUCAGGGUGUUGGCAAGUCUAGAGGUUUUGCCUUUUGUUCAUUCACACAACACGAGCAUGCACUGAAAGCCCUCAGAAACCUCAACAACAAUCCUAAAAUAUUUGGAGACAAAAAGAGACCUAUUGUUGAGUUUUCUCUAGAGAAUCGUAAAGCUCUGGAGAUAAAACAAAAACGUAUAGAAAAAUCAAAUUUCAAAUGUCAGCAGAAGGCUUUAGAGAUGAAAGCUGCAAACUCCGCCAGCAAGGAAGCUGAGAAGAAGAAGCGAAAAAGGAAACCAAAGCCAUGGAAAACAGCACCGCCACUGGAUGUAUUGAAGGCUCAAGACAAAGUUGCCAGAUCUCUUCAUCAGGGCCCCCUUGGUCUCCCCUCCCAUUCCGGUCCCAAAAUGAGGCACAAGAAAAGGCCAGGCCAGGAAAAAUUUGAGAAGAAAAAAUUAAAGAAAAACUUUAACAAACAACCCCAAAAGUUUUCACAGAAGGCAGUGAAACAAAAGCCAAAACAAAUACAGAAGCCCAACAAAAAGAGAAAAGACUUUGACAGUUUUGACAAAUUAGUUGCCUCCUACAAACAGAAAAUCAUGUCCGCAACCAGUUCCAAGAUGAAAUAAAACCUAUCUCUAGUGUGA